AUGGCGACAAAAAGAUUUGUUAUAUUAGAAAAGCAGUUUAAGGGUGAUGAAUUAUUAUUUGAGAGAUAUAAUGGAGUUAUGAAGGAACAAUUAAGUGAAGUGAUUACUGAAAUAUGCAACAAUAGUUGUUUCGUUGGAUAUGUAAUGCCUCAUAGCGAAGUUAUCAGGGAAGAUUCUCUUAGUGCUAAAACUAGGGUAGUUUCUGAUGCCAGUAGUAAACAAGGAAGUUGUAAUAGUCUUAAUGAAUAUCUUCUUCCUGGAGAGAAUUCAAGUGUUAAUCUUGUAGAUAUUAUUUUGAAAUUUACAGAACACAAAAUUGGAUUGUGUGGAGAUAUUGCACGGACUCUUCAAAUUCAAGUCACUAGAGAUGAUAGAAAUUAUUUAUGUUUUGUAUAUUAUGAGAAUUGCAACAAAACCCAGGCCACAACCACAGUUUUAAUAGAGCCUCACUUGUUCUCUUUACAUUUUGGUUGCAACAGUUAA